GGUCUGACCCAGCUGCAACAAAGUAUCCCCUUUACCUAAGGGAUCAGUCCAGCCAGGAUACAUCCCAGAGAUGGGAAAUUCGUAUGCUGGUCAACUGAAGACAACACGAUUUGAAGAAGUUUUGCAUAAUUCCAUUGAAGCAUCUCUGAGGUCUAACACUUUGGUACCCCGACCCAUCUUUUCUCAGCUGUAUUUGGAAGCAGAGCAGCAACUGACCUCUCUGGAUGGGGGCCGGGUAGACAAUGACGAAGAUGAUGACGAUGACGAAGGGUCUGGUUCCAAUAGCCCACCUCUCUUGUAUCAGAAUAAACCUCCCCCGGAAGGCUGCUGCACAACUGAUGGUUUUUGCCAGGCUGGUAAAGACUUGAGACUGGCCUUCAUUUCAGGCGAUCAGUUUGAAGUGCCUCCUGGGUUUUUACUGAUUGGCGCCAAGUCUCCCAGUUUACCAGAUCACAUUCUAGUGUGCGCCGUGGACAAGAGGUUUCUACCUGAUGACAAUGGACGCCAUGCACUUCUAGGGUUUUCGGGCAAUUGUGUUGGAUGCGGAGAAAAAGGUUUCCGGUAUUUCACAGAAUUUUCCAAUCAUAUUAAUCUCAAGCUGACCACUCAGCCCAAAAAACAGAAACACCUGAAGUAUUAUCUUGUCAGGAAUGCUCAAGGGAACUUGACCAAAGGAGCCCCAAUUUCCUGGAAAGUCACAGAGGUGAGGAGCCGCCAUUCAUCUUCCAGCUUGUGCUCUAGUACUGGAGUCACCAUUCAAGAUGGUUCUGGAACCGGAAUAAACAAAGUAGUUGAUCCUGCUACUGCAAACAGUCUACAUGUAAAUGGUGGAAAUCCCUUGACAGCAGAGGGAUUUUCACCGGCUCUGACAUCUCAGCCCAAUAUGACUGGAACGCUCUGCUCACAGCAAUCUGCAAAGGCCAACCCGUCUCUACCAGUCAGAUCUUCUGUUUUAGGUAACUUAACAAAUUCUGGCCCUCCGAAAAAACGUCACAAAGGCUGGUCUCCUGAGUCCCCCACUUCAACAGACAACAGCUAUCCCCAAAAUAGCUAUUUGAACUCAAACACUGGUGAGAAAGCCUAUAAUUUAACUCAGCUGUGUGCACCCCAGUCCAUGCCUGUCACAGGUGUUUUGCCAUCUGCUGUGGUUGCCACUGGAGAACCGGUUUCUGUACCAGGCAACUUGCUUAAAACAUGCAUGAUGAAACUGGUCAUUUUUAAAGGUCAUGGAAACUUCCCUUACCUCUGCGGAAAUGUCAGUGAUGUCAUCGUGAGCCCUCUCCUGUACAACCUCUACAAAAACUCUCAGGCUAUCCCUAAAGCAUAUGAACAGUAUGGGCCGAGUACUUUACAGCCAAUCUCGGAAGAAAUGCAAGUUCUGCUAACUGUGUACUACCUUGUUCAGCUCGCUCCAGAUCAGGUGCCUCUGAUUGAAGAUAUGGAACAGAUAUUCAUGCGUUCAUGGAGAGAGACUCACCUCGCUGAAAUUCGUCAGUAUCAGCACAAUAUGUCACAGGCUAUCCCUCACUUCCCCAAUCCUGUAAUGCCCGUCACUGCAGCCCAACUCCCCUGGUUGGCAGGCCUCGCAGCCAGUUCUUGCAGCGAAAGCGUCAAGAUCAUCGAAUGCAGCUAUUCAUUAGCAGAGGGCCUGUCCGAAAUGUUUAAACUGCUGACGGAAGGGAAGUUAUCACAGACAAACUAUGUGGUGAUAAUCUGUACAUCUAGACACAGUGGCAUCGAUUCCUGCGUUGUAGUAACAGGAAAAUUUCAGGCACGGAUUUUGGUUGAAAACAUGUACUCCCCAGCAGAAUGCCUAAAAGAAGUUAACUAUGAGUUAGUCAGUGGGAAAGUGGAGUCGCUGGGAUCAUUUUUUAGUGAGUUGUGUCCAGAUGGAGAUAUAGAUUUUCUUCUGGAUAAUUUUCACCAAGAACACCAAGGGAUUACCUCUUUAUCACCAAAAGCCACCAAUGUAGAUGCCCGGUCACCAACAUGUUUGAGUUAUAACGUUGAAUGGCACCAAAUCCGUCCCACCCAACUUGCUGUGGCUCAAAAACUCCUGUCCCAUGUCUGUUCUAUCGCUGACUCCAGCACCCACAACCUUGAUUUGGGCUCUUUUGAGAAAGUGGAUUUCCUUAUCUGUGUUCCUCCGUCUGAGGUUACGUACCAGCAAACCCUGUCUUAUCUCUGGAGCUCAGGUGUUCUUUUAGAAGUUGGAUUAGAAAAAGAUCACCUUACAAAGGAAUGUAUGGAACAGUAUAUCAUGAAACUAGACUCUGGAGCGCCGGGUAAAUUCAAAACCUUCCUUCAAAGAGCCAUACAGAACCCACACACCUUGUUUGUGCUAGUUAAUGAUCACGCACACUGGGAUAUGAGCAGUUCCUUUUGCAGUCCUUAUCCUCCAAACGAAUCUACAAUGGGUCUGGUUGAUAACCUUUUGAACUGCAGGGAGGUAAAAGAUGCCCCCAAUAUUCUAUUUCUCCAUGUGACCUCCUUUCCUUAUGCUCUGCAAACCCAGAACACCCGCAUUAGCCCAUAUAAUGAAAUCCACUGGCCAUCUUCACACAGCCAUGGAGUGGAAUUGUAUCAUGAAAACAGGAAAUACUUUGGACUGACAGAGCUAAUUGAAGCAACAGUAUCAGGGCACAGCCUGCCCUUGUUACGCCAUGACAGCUCCUUUGAAGCUAUUGUCAUAGCGCUAGGAAAAAGAUUUCCAAAGCUUCACAGCGCAGUCAUUAGGACGUUUCUCCUCAUUCAGCAUUAUUCAGCUGGUAUGAUGGCAGUAUGUGGUCUAUCUCAGAUGAAGAAUCAUACAUCUGUUGAAACUCUGGAAAUUGUACAGAACCUUCUGAACUCUCCAAAGCAGUGUUCAAGUGGGCAUGGGAUUAUGGUUCUGCUACGGAUCCCAUUUAUUCCUCUGGCCACAUUGGCCUAUGAACGCUUGUGUCAUGUGAGGGAGCGACUUGGUCUGCAAUGCCGCUUCGAAAUUAUAUUGGGAACAUCCAGCUCUGCAAUAACCAUUGGGAAGCAUUUUGUGGAUCAGCUAAAGGUCUGGCAGAAAAUUGAGGAUGGAGACUGGCAACCAAAUACUUAUCUGGACCUGGAAGGGUUGCCCUGUAUUCUCAUAUUGAGUGGAAUGGACCCUCUUGGAGAAUCUCUGCCAAGAUCAUUAAGGUACUGUGACCUCCGAUUACUACAGUUCUGCACAUGGGAAAGGACUACUAUCGAACAGGAGCUAGGAUUAGCCUCCUGCUUUAUUGAUACGACAGUAUCAGUGGACAAAGGAGUAGGCAGAGAUGUCCUCGACAGUGACCCAGAGAAGCUAAGCAGUACGGACAAUGAAGACGAGGAAAUGGCAAUUGAUGGCUCUAUUUCUGAAAAAACAAGUCCCAACAAAAGACAUCGCUCUGAGUCGCACGAUUCGGCAUCAUCAUCUCUGUUUUCGAAAGCAUCAGGAUCAGCAUUUUCUGGUGAAAUGUCAACAUCAGCUGUGGGAGAAGAUACUGGGAAAAAAACGUCACCACAAUUUCUAGGUUCAAACAUUGGAGAGUGCGCCACCAGUUCCGAAACUGGAAAACCUACAGCAGAUACAAAUAUCAGGAAACCCCUCCAGCAAACGCCUGAGCCAUCGGAGGGGAACAGCUUAAAUAGUAAUGCCAAGAAAUCUCCAUGUUCCAUUUCUACAUCUUCGUCAUCAUGUACAUCUGCCUACUUUCACAAUGGAACAGGCCUACAAAUAUCCCAGUGCUCUAUGGCCAAGACAUAUAAGCAGCCGCCUAUAGUCUUUCUUCCCAAACUGUUGUAUGACAUAAUUAUUAACACUGACAGCAGUGGACUGUCCAAGUCAUCUUCAUUCCUGCCCCAUUGUGAUGUCUCGUGGGCCAGUUCUUUCCGGCCCAUGUUGAGCAAGAUGAUGACUUACACAGAGCAGUCUUUGUAUUACCGCCAGUGGACGGUCCCCAGACAAAGCCAUAUGGACUAUAAUAACAUUAAUGAUGGUAGGAUGGAUUCCUUCCAUCCAAGAAGAUUGCUGCUCAGUGGACCACCUCAGGUCGGGAAAACCGGAGCGUAUCUGCAGUUUCUUAGCAUCUUGUCCAGAAUGCUCAUCAGAUUGACAGAAGUAGAUAUCUAUGAUGAACAGGAAAUAAAUAUCAGUGUCAGGGAGGAAACUGAUCACUGCUUUCAUCAGAUUACAGAUAAAUGGCCAAAUGUGGAGAUUUUCAAAAAGAUGGACUUUGAUUACACAUUACAUGAUCCCAAGUACGAAGAAGCGAGUGUUAUUUGUUCCGAAGUUCUGCAAAGUAUCUGCAAAGAAGAGGGGACAACCUCCAAGAAACCUGAUGAAAUAUAUGUUCGCCGUCCAACCACUCGAAUGAGAUUGUCCAAGUACGCUUCCUAUAACACUUAUCACCACUGUGAACAAUGCCACCAGUACAUGGGUUACAAUCCCAGGUUUCAGAUGUAUGAGUCAAGUCUACAUGCUUUUGCCUUUUCGUAUUCAAUGCUUGGAGAGGAAAUACAGCUCCACUUCAUCAUCCCCAAAUCCAAAGAGCAUCAUUUUGUCUUCAGUCAACCAGGUGGCCAGCUGGAAAGCAUGAGGUUGCCACUUGUCACAGAUCAGAAUGCAGAUUGUGUGAAAAGUCCUAUUUUCACUUCUACCACCGGCCGUCACGAGCAUGGCCUAUUCAACCUUUACCAUGCCAUGGAUGGAAGCAGUCACUUACACAUUCUGGUUGUUAAAGAAUAUGAGAUGGCAAUCUAUAAAAAGUACUGGCCAAAUCACAUUAUGCUGGUUCUGCCCAGCAUCUUCAACAAUGCCGGAGUGGGGGCUGCCCAUUUCUUAAUUAAAGAGCUGUCUUACCACAAUUUGGAGCUGGAACGCAGUAGACAAGCGGAUCUGGGAGUCAGGCCUCAAGACAUCUGGCCUUUCGUAGUCAUCGCCGAUGACUCUUGUGUAAUGUGGAACACAGUAGACGUUAAUGUGACAGGAGAUCAGUCGAGAGAAUAUUCUUGGUCUGAAAGAAACAUUUCUUUGAAAUACAUUCUUCAACAUAUGGAAGCGUCCCAGAACAUUACUCAGUAUGCUAUGAUUGGGAUGAGAAAAUGGACAAGUAAAAUAAAAGCCUCGGACUUGAAAGAGCCAUUCUCGCGUUGUCACAUGCAUGACUUCAUUCUCCUCAAUGUUGAUCUCACUCGGGAUGUACAGUACAACCAGAACAGGUUUACGUGUGAUGAUGUUGACUUUAAUGUCCGAGUGAACAGCUCAGGACUGCUGAUUUGCCGAUUUAAUCGGUUCAGCGUAAUGAAGAAGCAGAUUGCCGUGGGAGGCCAUAGGUCACUGCAUAUCAAAUCAAAGGUGCUUGACUCAUCCGUGUCGAUUUCGUCCGCUCAUUAUAUCUGUGCUCCAGACAGCAAGCACACUAUCCUGGCUGCCCCGGCCCAUCUACUGCUAGAGAAAUACUUACAGUUCCACAGCCACAGGUUUUUUCCUCUGUCGGUGAAAAAUGUCCGUCAUCCGGUGCUAAUCGUGGAUUGCUACCUGAAUCUGGGGCCACAGAUUAGCGUCUGCUAUAUGAGUUCUCGCCCACACUCAGUCAAUGUUAACUGUUUCAACGUCACGUUUAGCGGGCUCCUUUUGCAUCUUUGUGAUUCCUUUGUGGUUGCAAGUUUUUUGAAAAAGUUCCAGUUUCUAAAAGGUGCUACCCUGUGUGUCAUAUGCCAGGAUCGCAAUUCUCUACGUCAGACGGUAGUUCGGCUUGAGUUAGAAGAAGAAUGGCAAUUUCGGUUGCGCGAUGAGUUCCAAACCGCCAACGCUAAGGAAGACAAGCCUCUAUUUAUCCUGACUGGCCGCCAUGUUUAAACAUGUGUCGUAUAUUUUUUACUUUCACUAUUAUGUACAUUAUCCAUCUACAAAAUUCUGAUAAAGAAUAUGACCCAUUUUUCUGCACUGGAUUAAAACGGUAUUAUUAUUCAGAAGCCCGGAAAUAUUUUUCAGCGGACAUAUGGACAAUGCUAGAAUUCUUUCUGGUGAAUGUUAGCCUAUCUUGUAUUUAAUAUAUUUGUAUAUAUUUUCAGCACUAAGGAAUAUUUGUAUUUUAACUGUAUUUUAUUAAUUUUUUUUAGCUAAGUAUUUGUGUUAUUGAUGGCAUACCUCAUACUCUUUCACUGUGUUCAUACCUGUCUGUGUCAUGGUUUUCAGAUUCCACUUUAUUUCAUUUUUUUUAUGCCUUCAAGAAAAUGAAACGGCUCUUAAAAUAUACAUACUUUGCACUGUCAGAACUUUAUUAGAACAUAUUAUUAAAUGUCUACUUUAAUUACAGUUUAUUGAAAUUUAGUGACUAUACAUGGCUAAAACAUGGUAUAUUGAAAAACAGAAACAAUGGAAUUCACAAACAGGAGAAAAA